CCCUGUUAUUCACCGGAGUUUGUAGGGCGUGGAGAGAGACGGAAGUGAUGCAAACGCUUCACAUGAACGCCGGAUCUGGGGAGACCAGUUAUGCAAAGAACUCGUCGGUUCAGAGCAACAUUAUAUCUGCUGGGAAGCGCAUAACUGAGGAAGCUAUACUAGACAUGUUGAGCAAGCACUUGUCUGCAGACAGCAUAGGCAUUGGGGAUUUGGGAUGCUCAUCUGGACCCAACGCCUUAUUGGUGAUAUCAGAGAUAUUGAACGUCAUAUAUGCCAAAUGGUGCCUGCAGGGCUGUGAUAAAUGGCACAAGUCCCCCAUUCCCAAGACUUAGAUGCAGUCAACCAUUGGAAGAGAACUUAGGAGAAAUGUGAUAAAUGUGAUAAAUGGCACAAGUCCCCCAUUCCCAAGACUUAGAUGCAGUCAACCAUUGGAAGAGACCUUAGGAGAAAUGUGAUAAAUGUGAUAAAUGGCACAAGUCAACCAUUGGAAGAGAACUUAGGAGAAAAAAUCCGGCCGGUGAUAGCUGAAAUUUUCAAAUAGAAAAACCAAAUCUUUUUUAUGGCUGGUCAAAUAUUUUGUUAGGGUGUGUGGGGUUGGCUCUCUUAAAAGGCAAGUACGUGAAUAAUGAGGAAAGGAACCCAACAAAUAAGGAUGUGGUUGUCAUGUUACGGGCGGCGCGCUGGUCAACGGGAUCCACAGGAGGUUAUCGAAAACCACAUAUUUUGUAGAUGGCUAGCUUUGGUUGGUUAUGGCAGGAUAGCUAGGUUUCUAGAUUUUAUCGGAGGUUAGCAAAUCAUUCAGCAUACUUGCUACCUGACUUGUAUAUAAAGCACCUCCCUUCUAUGCUUUCCAUUUAAGUUUCUAUCCGGAUUUUCCAGUCUUUAGACUAAAAUUCUUCAUUGCAAUUGAGUUUGUAUUGUGUGGAGAGAGAUGGAAGUGAUGCAAGUACUCCAUAUGAACAAAGGGGCUGGGGAGACAAGUUACGCAACCAACUCCACAGUUCAGAGCAACAUUAUAUCCACAGCGAAACCAGUGACGGAGGAAGCUAUACUAGAUAUAUUCAACAAUGUCUUGCCUGAGAGCGUAGGCAUUGCGGAUUUGGGUUGCUCAUCUGGACCCAACGCCUUGUUGGUGGUGUCAGAGAUACUGGACGUGAUAUAUGCCAAAUGGCAGCAGCUGGGUCGUCCUUGUUCGCCUGAGUUUAGGGUGUACUUGAAUGAUCUCAUCGGCAAUGACUUCAACAAUGUGUUUGGCUCACUCCCUGCAUUUUACAACAGACUCAAGGAAGAGAAAGGCUCCGAGUUUGGGCCAUGUUUUAUAUCGGGUGUGCCUGGUUCAUUUUACGGGAGGGUGUUCCCAAGCAAGAGUCUCCAUUUCGUGCACUCUUCUUCCAGUCUCCACUGGCUCUCUCAGGUUCCACCGGGUCUAGAGAGCAAGGAUGGGAGAGGGAGCUGGAACAAGGGAAAAAUUUACAUAUCAAAGACGAGUCCAGAUUGCGUUUUGGAGGCAUACUCAUCGCAGUUCCAGAAGGACUGGUCAGUGUUUCUCAAGUCACGUGCAGAAGAAAUAGUGGGGGGAGGACGCAUGGUGUUGUCCUUCAUGGGCAGGAGAUCCACAGACCCUCGUUCAAAAGAGAGUUGCUACCAGUGGGAGCUCAUAGCCCGAGCACUCAUGAGCAUGGUUUCGGAGGUAUAUAUAUCUAUUCAAUCGAACUUCUUCCUUCCCCCCAUUUUUUUUUUUUGUCUUUUUUCAUCUUUCAUUGUGGAGAAGCGGAUGGAAGCUCUAAACCAGACAGAAUCACAGCAUAAUCUGCAUUUGUGGUCGCACUGUGUGUUGUGUUCACAGUCUCCACGAGGGCUGUUGAGGUUGGUCAGUUGGUGGCACCAAUUAUCCCUCUCACUUGGGACCACUCGUCUACCAUAACCCUACCUACUAAUGCUAAAAAAAUCUACCCGAUUUUUUCUAGCCCCUCUCAAUCUUGCCUGCCUCUUAUCAUUUGGAGAGGUUGAGGAUAAAAUUAAUUAAUGCAUAUUAUUUGAUCAUUUCAAUUAAUUUUAAAUUAAAU